AAUGGCGUCAAAACGAAAAAUUAUAUUCAAGGAAAUCAAAAACUAAGAAUAUUGGAAUGUUGCAGCUCUUUUAAAUGCAUAACUUAGAAGAAUGAUAGAAUACACUUAAAAAUGACAGAGAUUGAUGAUGGUCUCUGUACAGCUGAUGCUUUAUCUACCUUACAUGAUGAAUUAGAAAAUGAAAUCAUUCAAUAUGAAGAAAAGGUUGCUGCUUCAAAAACAAGACAGUUACUAAGAUGUUUGAAUCCUUAUGAGGUGAAAUCAGCUUUUCACUGUACAAGUGUUAUAAUUCUGAGUUUGUUGUCAGUUGCAUUGGUUGUGGCUUUUGGUGCAUUUUUAAGUAGUUCUACAGAGAGUAAUCCAGUAUGGUGGAUAAUAGAAGUAGUUGUAUGGUUAAUAGUACUUGCAUUGAAUAUUAUAAGCAGCAUAUGGAACUGUCAUAUAGAAUUAAAGGAAAUUAUCAAUAUUGCCAGGCUUACUUUAAAAAAGAUCAAAGAUUGUUUGAGAGCUCCCUCAUGGACUAUUGAUGAAUAUGUUAACAUUCAUACUCCUUUAUCACCAUGUGUUUCACUACAGUGGACACUCAGAGAUAAUCAGGUGGUUAAUUUACCAGUCCCAUUACUGGUAGCUGGUGAUGUAAUACUAUUAAGGCCUGGACAUAUUGUUCCUGGUAGCUGCAGACAAUUAGAGGUAGAUGGAAAAGAGGUAUUAUUGAGUCAGGGAGACAUGUAUUGUUCUACCUCUCAAGAAGACUCUGACUACAAAGGAACACCACACAACUGUAAACCUGUAACUGCUCAAAAAUUUGUCAUGCUAGAAACAGUAUUUCUACAGAAUUUGAGAACAAUGCUUGAAGAUGAGUUUCCAAGGCCUGUUACAGUAAUAGAAAAUGAAAGAUAUAUGAUAGCAAGUUAUUUGGUUGAGAGGAGAUUAUUACCUUUAGUAUUUGCAUUAAUGUUAUUGAUAAACAUUCUAAGAUACAUGUAUAUGCCUGAUCACAGUGGACAUUGGACAGAAAUGUUUCUUGUUUUACAGGUCCAUGUUAUUCUUCCUAUGGUACCAGCAUUAUAUCCAUUGUUAUGGAGGAUUCUUGACAUUUAUGGUCAAGCCAGAGUAUUUUCAGCAUCCCAUACAGCAAAAUAUACCAAGGUUGAUCCAGAGAGCAGUUUUAGUAGUGACAGUACUAUAUCAGAAGACGACACUAAACUGGAUGUAAACUACAAUAAAAUCCUAAGCUGGUUUUGGUCAAUAUUACAAGGAGAUUGUUCUGUAGUUACCAGGAGAGUUAAUAUAACACAAGUUCUUGGUUCUAUAACAUCUCUCUGUUGUGUUGAUAAAAAGGGAAUUUUAUCUUGGCCUAAUCCUACAGCAGAAAAGGUCUUCUUUCUUUCCUCCAACACAAAGAAACCUGCAGAGGAAAGCAUUGCUGUUAAUACAAGCUUUAGUAGUGGUGAAAAAUCUAAAAUCCAAACUUCAGCAUAUGGAUCAUUAAGUCAUACUGAAGUUCUUGAUCUUACUCAUCAUUCUAAGGAUGCAUUUGGUUUACAGUUUGAUGAUUCAACAUGGCUGAAACAUAUAACAUCUCUCAAGCCACUUGGAUUAAACAUAUUAGCAAACACUUGUAACAAAAGAACUAGAGACUGGUACACUCAGUUUACUGACCAUGUGGCAUGUGUGGCAUUGGAAAGAGAAGAGACUGUGGCAGUUGUCAAUAGAAGGUGCUUGUGUGAAUUAGCAAGGCAGAUAGGAUUUACCAAAAAGGCAUUAGACAUUUUUGAACUGGAUAGAACAUUAGGAAUGUACAGACAAGUUUCAGCUGAAGAAUCUGCCAAAGAGAAGGUCAACAGGUCUAAAUCUUUUGUUCAGCACAAAAUACCUAUGCCAAAUAUGGUAUCUGUUGUAUUGAAAGAUAGCAAUUCAGGAAUGAGCCAGGUUCUUUCCCAGGGUACAGCUGACAUUUUACUGGAUUGUUGCAGUGAUUACUGGAAUGGAGAGGAUGUCAGUACAUUCACAGAAAGUGAUAGAAAGAAGAUUUUAGAUUUUUAUCAUAGAACAAGUAUGGCAUCUUACUGCACAGCUUUCAGUUAUAGACCACUAACACAACAAAUAUCAGUGGGUCUAGAUGGUGCCUUCAUUCAGCUCCCACAGAACUGGGCUUGUAUGAGUCGUGAUAUCUCAACAUCUAUAGAUUCAGAUAUCCAUAUGAUGCCUUUUGACUCAACUUCAUUAUAUGAAGAUAACAGGGCCUAUAGCAUGGAUUCUCUGUUUGACACAACCAGUACAGCAUCGGUUGAUGAUGUGAUAGGAUGUUGUAAUGUACAGGCCAAUCAAAUAUUUAUAGGAAUGGUUACAAUGCAGUAUCAGGCCAGACAGGAAUUUGUGCAAUUAAUUGAUAAAUUAGAAGUUGCUUGUAUUAGAUUUGUUCAUUUCUCAAAUGAGAAUGAAGUCAGAAGCAGGGUAUUUUCUGAGAAAAUGGGAUUAGAGGCCGGAUGGAACUGUCAUAUAUCCAUGUUAUCAGAACAGGAAACCAAAUCUCCUUUAGAAACUGCCACCUCACAAACAGAAAUAGCUAAGGGAUAUUCUAGACAUUCUAGCCGUCAUUCCUCUGAUGCUGCCAAGGACAAAUCAUUUACUAGUCUUAAAGCUAGAUAUAGCAAACUACAGCUAAGAAGUCAAAGUGCACCUAGUAUAGUCAAUCUUAGUUCUUCACAAGUUAGAUUUGAAAUGAACGAAGCAGUGACGAUUUCUGAAAAUGGAAUAUUAGAUGAAGUGUCUGUUGAUGGGAAACAGAAACUGUUGUAUGACAUUGAAUGUAAAGAAGACAGUGAUUAUUGUUUAUCUAAUAAAGACAGUGAUGGAGAAAGUCGUCAUGCAUCCAGUUAUCUCACUGAAAAUACUGAGGAUAGCAUUACUGGACCUUUAGAUAACAGGGCUAAGCUUCCAAGAGGGAUAGAAAAUAUCCGACCACAUUUACAGAACAUAGAUAAUGUUCCUUUGUUGGUUAACUUGUUCACAGAUUGUACACCAGAAACCACUGAAGAAAUGAUGAGGAUCAUGCAGGAGAAUGAUGAAGUAGUUUUAUGUGUUGGCAGCUCAUUAAAUAUAAAUAAUACUAAUAUGUUUAUGCAGGCUGAUUGCAGUUUUUCAUUGGAACCUCUUUAUCCACAAAUUUGUGCCAAACAAGCCUUAAAUGUGGAAAGAUGGUGUGAUGACAGAUUAACUCCUUCACAAUUAGCUAACGUGAUGAUCAGUAUACCUUGUCCUCUCAUGUUUAGACGAGAUGAUUAUAUAGGUCUUGUCCAGAUUAUUGCUGAGGCCAGAACAUUUUUGAUGUCACAAAGAAAUUGUUUUUAUUUGAUGUUAUGCUACCACCUUUCAAUCAGCCUGGCACAGGUUUUGGCCAAUAUUGUCCUGUUACCACCAGUUUUAUCCAGUCAACAUCUGUUAUGGUUGUUAUUCAUAGUAGUACCUGCUCUUAGCCUCACUUUGAUGGGGAAUCCAGUAGACCCUCGAGUGAUGAAUAAUGCUACGAGUAAAAAUCCUGAAUAUGUCAGUACACAGAUGGUGCUACAAUUCCUGUGUUGUUUUUUGUUACGUUUUGUACCAUUCACCUGUAUUUCCAUACUAUGUUUUGGUUUGACCUUGAACUCAUUAUGUGACAUUUCUUCAUGUUCAUUAUACUCAUUUAGUCAGAAUAAUUCAACACAGUAUUGGUAUGAUGACUUCUCUGAAAGUUUACCUAUUGCUCAAAAUAUUUUCGUGUUUUUCUUUGUGUUGUAUCUUAUAUGUACAUCAGUAAGUUUUGUACAUUGGUUUGACCAUUUAUGGCAGAAAUCUCCAACAAAAAACAAGUUAUGGACCUGUGUCAUUCCUUUAGUUUUAGUUGGUCAAGUGAUUGUUAGUGUCUGUGAUAUUUUUCUACGAAGUAAGGAUCAAAGUCCAAUGUCAUUUUCUAACAUACAUUCAGCAGUAUAUGCUGUAGGAUUUAGUUUCCCUCUUGUAAUAAUUGGUGUAAAUGAGCUUGUAAAGAAAUAUGAAAUCAACAUUUACACACGAUAUCAGAAAAGGACAAGACUGAACUUUGGAACAAAACUUGGCAUGAAUUCACCGUUCUAAUAGUAAUAGAGCAUGUUUUUAGAUAUUAAUUAUGUUUACAUAUUAAGAGCAUUUUAAACCAUUUUUAUUCACAACUUUUAUAAACUCUGGACGACUUAGAGCUUGACAUAUUGUACUGACACCUAUCUAUUGUUAAUGACUAUGGGUUGUUCCCUAAAUGUUUUGAAUUUUUUUUUGUCAUUAAGUUACUGUUACAUUGAUGUAUACUCUACAUUUCUUUUUUUAUUCAAAUGUAAACUGUGGUAAAUAUCUUAUUUUGAUAAUAAGUCUGUAUAAAUACUGUUUCUCUAAUUCUUCGUCAAUUUAUCCCUUUCUGCACCCAUUGUAUAAAAAAAAUUUAAUCAACGUGUGGUUCGUUUGAUCUCAGUUCUUCAUUGGUUAAAAUCCGAUUAUAACGUCAAAUUUUCUUGCUUUCCUCUGAAUUUCCUAUUGUGACGGCAUGAAAAAAGGCGACCAUGCCUGAUGACGUCACAUAGAAAGAACACAUCUUUUUGCAGAUCAUUCAAAAAGAAGGAAUAAGUUUGCCUGCAUAUUGUUUGAAAAUCAUUAGAGAAACAGAUUCCACCACCAAAUCUUGUGUAAUACGAUAUUUAUCCACUCUCGACAGUUAAAUUUUAAAUAUUUAAAACGCUCGGCAAGCCUCGCAUUUAAAAUUUGAAAAUUUAACUGUCUUGAGUGGAUAAAUAUCGUAUCACACUCGAUGCAGUGGUAGAAUCUAUAUUUAUGGUUAAAAUGCUAUUGUAUAAACAUAAGAAGAUGUGGUAUGAUUGCCAAUGAGACAACUAUCCACCAAAGUUUAAAUGGUGUGGAUGUAAGCAAUAAUAGGCCAUUUUUAUUUUUGGACAUUUCCUUGUCAGGCAUAUAACUUUUUUAAUCCUUUGACAUAUGUAUUUGAUGUUUGGUACAUUGGUGCAGCACCUCAAGACAAUAUGUAGCGUACUAUUGAAGAUGACCUCUGACCUUUUAUGUAAGAUAACAGAUUUUUAUAUGUCCACCCAAAACCAUAUAUUUUCAAUGCACCUAAAAUUUUGUGCCUUUAUGGGUUAUGCCCUGCCCCUCAUAAAUUAUUGUUAAAUAUCUAAAUAAUGCUAUAGAUCCCAUCCCUAAACCAUAUAUAUUCUUAAUUGCCUUGAUAAUACCUUCUAGUUUACCAUAGAUCUUCUCCCAUGGGAACAUGCCUAGCUCUCCUAUCAUUAAUUGUAACAUAUCUUGAAAACUGCUCACAUUCCCACCUCUUAACCAUAUACAUUCUUAAUUUCCUUGAUAAAACUAUUUUCCCUGGGUUUUUAUCAUCUCAUUGAUUAUUAAAUAUUUUUGAACACUGUUUUAUAUCCCAUGUUCUUAUCAUUUUGAAUCUCUACCCCUAACCCAUACAUCCAUGAUAACCCUUCUGAAUGCAGGUUUUGUCCCACCAUCUCAUAUAAAAAUAUUUUGAAAACAGUUAAAUUCCACACCCAUUUACCAUAUGUAUUGUUAUUUGCCAUUACAAUACCUUCCCAAUACUAGAAUGUAUCUGUUGUCUUUCCUUGUCUGAGGGACAUGAUGGCACUAGUUUAAGUCAAGAAAUUUAUUUUAGUUCACUACAACAGUUCCACCUAGUAAUGUUUUAAAUUACAAUUUUCCAAAGGACAACUAUUUUUCUUUAGAUCAGUAGCCUUAAAGAAAGUAAAGUUCAGUUUUCCUUGGUACAAAAAUAAGUUUAAGCUGUUGUAACACCAUGAUUUAUUGUGACUUUUUUUUAUUGUUUUUUGUUUGAUAAAAAAGAAAUGGUGAAGGAAAUAUGUUGUUCAGUUAUUUGAGCUUAAAUCAUGGUACAAUUUAUAUUAUAAGCAAAAUACUCAGAGAUAUUACAAGUGUAACUGAAAUUCCUUUGUUUAUUUGUGAUUAUUUUGUAUACAUAUGACACUCCAUAGCUAUUAAAUUUGUAUCUUCA